GGGGGAAGGGAGCCGGGGAGGGGGGGGUUACACACCAGGGCAGCGCCGGGAUCCCUUCUCCACCCCGCGGGGAGGGGGCAGGGCGCCGCCUCCUCCUCCCCCUUCCUCCUCCCCCUUUUUCACCCUUCCUCCUCCUUCUUUCCCCAAAGUUAAACUUCCUGCUCCCGGCCCGGCUGGGAAGGGGACGCGGAGCCCGGCCGGACUCAGCCCCUCGACACACACAACAGCUGGAGCUGUCAAAACUUCCUCCGCUCGGCCUCGGCCCCCGCCGCCUCCGCCGCCGCCGCCCGCUCCUCCUCCGCCCCCGGGGGCUCUGCGCGGGGGGAGGGCGCAGGGCCAGGGUACAAUGAAGCGGCGGCCGCCGCAGCCGGGCAGCGCAGCAGCCGGAGCCGCCGCCAGCGCCCGGGGCCUCUGAGCGGGGGCGCCCAGCGGCGGGACCAGCCGCGUCUCGCUCGCUCGCUCUCUUCACCUCCCCCAGCCCCGACAGACCCCGCCGAGCCCGGGGAGGGUGUUAUUGUGUGUGAGACCCUUCCUUCCGUCCGCUGCGCUUUCUCUUCGCCCCCCCCUCCCCUCCUCCUCCUGCUCUCCCCAUGCUGCUCCCCCUGCUACCUGUGCUGGUCGGCGGCGGCUGAGGCCAGCGAUGCGAGGCGGAGGUGGAGGAGGCGGAGGAUGUCAACGGAGGACAAGAGUCUGGUGGUGGCGGUGGUGGAGCCGCCUCAGCAGCAGCAGCAGCCCCCCGAGCCUGGAGCUCCCCCCCCAGCAGCAGCAGCAGCAGCCACAGACAAAAGACCUAGGGGCCGGCCUCGCAAAGAUGGCGCUUCCCCUUUCCAGAGAGCCAGAAAGAAGCCUCGGAGUAGAGGAAAAACUGCAGUGGAGGAUGAAGACAGUAUGGAUGGUUUGGAGGCAGCAGAAACAGAAAACACUGUGGAAACAGAAGUCAAAGAGCAGUCUGCAGAAGAGGAUGCCCAGACGGAAGUGGAGAGCAGCAAGCAGCUAACACCAGUCCUUCAGCACUCGGUGUCCGAGGAGUCGGCGAGCUCCACCGCCUCCGUGGGCGUGGAAGCCAAGAGCAGCGAACAACUCUGCGCCUUUUGUUACUGUGGAGAACGGAGCUCAUUAGGACAAGGAGACUUAAAACAAUUCGGUCCCACUCCUGGGUAUGUUAUCCCGUGGAAAAACCAGCCUUUAAAUAAGAGUGAAGCCAGCGACAGCACCGAUGGAGCCUGUGAGAGAACUCCAAGGCAAAACUCAGUGCCGCGCAAACAGAGAGGCCAGAAGAAAUCUCGAUCGAGUAUAGCAUCAUGUACAAGUGUAAGCACCCAAACUGCUUCUGACGAUCAGGUUGUCAAAUUCUGGGAUGAACUCAGUUUAGUUGGCUUACCAGAUGACAUUGAUGUUCAAGCCUUAUUUGAGCCAACAGGUCACUGCUGGGCUCAUCACCGCUGUGCGGAGUGGUCCGUGGGAGUCUGCCAGACUGAGGAGCAGGUAUCGCUCAACGUGGACAAAGCUGUUGUCUCAGGGAGCACAGAACGAUGUGCAUUUUGUAAGCACCUUGGAGCCACUAUCAAAUGCUGUGAAGAGAAAUGUACCCAGAUGUACCAUUACCCCUGUGCUGCUGGAGCAGGCACAUUUCAGGAUUUCAGUAACUUGUCCCUCCUCUGUCCAGACCACAUUGAUCAGGCUCCUGAAAGAUCAAAGGAAGAAGCAAAUUGUGCAGUGUGCGACAGCCCUGGAGACCUCUUAGAUCAACUUUUCUGUACUACCUGUGGCCAGCACUACCAUGGGAUGUGUCUGGACAUUCAAGUCACACCUUUAAAAAGAGCAGGUUGGCAGUGUCCUGAUUGCAAAGUGUGCCAGAACUGCAAACACUCUGGGGAAGACAACAAGAUGCUGGUGUGUGAUACAUGUGACAAAGGCUACCACACUUUCUGUCUCCAGCCAGUAAUGGAUGCCGUACCAACAAAUGGGUGGAAGUGUAAAAACUGUAGAGUAUGUGCUGAGUGUGGCACACGAACAAGUUGUCAGUGGCACCAUAAUUGUUUGGUAUGUGACAGUUGUUACCAACAGCAAGACAACUUAUCUUGUCCUUUCUGUGAAAAACUGUGCCUCCAAGACUUCCAGAAAGAUAUGUUGCAUUGUCACAUGUGCAAAAGAUGGAUUCACAUAGAAUGUGACAGAUCUCCAGGUAGUGAAUUGGAGUCUCAGUUGAAAGACUACAUCUGCACUCUUUGUAGACAAGGAGAAGGGGAUCAGACUCAGUCAUGUGAUGUAAUGAACACUUCUGAACUCAUUCCUGAACCUGACAGUAUAACAGCUUGUACAAAUGAAAUGGAAAUGGAAAGUGGUGGAGAGGAUAUGGCAUUUCAGGAACAACCCAUUACUGGUGAUGGCCCUGAUCAAGAAUCAGCCACUGGGUGUGUUACAGAAGGCAUAUCACCAGAAGAAAAGACCACACAUCUGGAAGCAGAAGUCUCUGUAGAAAUCAAUCCAGCUGAAAUGGAAAUGUCUCCUAAAAAGACACCAGCAUCUGGUGACAGUCAGACUGAGAAAAUGAUGGAAGUGGUGGAAGGUGUUCAAGCUGUAGCACAGCAGGAGUUGGACAGACAAGCUGGAGAGACACAGCUGCCUCAGGGGGGUGUGGAGGUACCAGAAGUGUCCACAGCAGACUCUCGGUCUCUGUCUUCAGUGCCUGAGACCACGACUGUGACACCAGAAAUGCUGGAGACUGAAGGAAAAGGAGAUAGUUCUGUCCCUGUAGAACAACAACUGGAAAUAAUAAAAGUGCAGAAAGAUGUAGAAAAGGAGGAAACCUGUGAGAAGUCAGAAGCACCAGCUCUUCUAAAAGUAGAAACUACUGCUCCAAAUGGAGGUGUUGCAAAUAGUUCACCAGUUGGAGACAAACCCUUAAAAGCACCAGCUGAGACUUGCCCCUCACUUCCCCCAUCACUUAAUCUAAACAAGACAAAUGUGUCUUCCUCACCAGAUGUUUCUCUAGACUUGCAUUCUGCACGAGACGUGCAGCACAGCCAGCCCCCAGUGCUGCCUGCAGCUGCUGGGAGCGCUCUCCCCACCACCUACAUAUCAGUCACUCCAAAAAUCGGCAUGGGGAAGCCGGCCAUCACCAAGCGCAAGUUUUCCCCUGGGAGACCCAGAUCCAGACAGGGGGCUUGGAGUACCAAUAAUACAGUCAGCCCACCUUCCUGGUCCCCAGACAUUUCAGAAGGUCGGGACAUUUUUAAAUCCAGACAGCUUCCUGGCAGUGCCAUUUGGAGCAUCAAAGUGGGCCGAGGCUCGGGAUUCCCCGGGAAGCGGAGGCCGCGCGGAGCGGGUCUGUCGGGACGAGGUGGCAGAGGAAGAUCAAAGCUCAAGAGUGGAGUCGGGGCUGUGGUCAUUCCAGGGGUCACAACCAUGGAUAUUUCAUCUAAUAAAGAUGAAGAAGAAAACUCGAUGCAUAAUACAGUUGUCCUCUUCUCUAACAGUGACAAGUUCACUCUCCAUCAGGAUAUGUGUGUGGUUUGUGGGAGCUUUGGCCAGGGCGCUGAGGGCCGGCUGCUGGCCUGUUCCCAGUGUGGGCAGUGUUACCACCCAUACUGUGUCAGUAUUAAGAUUACUAAAGUGGUACUUAGCAAAGGUUGGAGGUGCCUGGAGUGCACGGUGUGUGAAGCCUGUGGGAAAGCCACAGAUCCAGGGAGGCUCCUCCUGUGCGACGACUGCGACAUCAGCUACCACACCUACUGCCUGGACCCGCCCCUGCAGACCGUGCCCAAGGGAGGCUGGAAGUGCAAAUGGUGUGUUUGGUGCAGACACUGUGGAGCAACUUCUCCAGGUUUAAGAUGUGAAUGGCAAAAUAAUUACACUCAGUGUGCUCCCUGUGCAAGUUUGUCUACCUGCCCAAUCUGCUACCGCACGUACAGGGAUGAGGAGCUUAUAAUUCAGUGUAGACAGUGUGAUCGAUGGAUGCAUGCAAUCUGUCAGAACUUAAACACAGAGGAGGAAGUGGAAAACAUAGCUGAUAUGGGUUUUGACUGUACCAUUUGUAGGCCAUACAUUCCACCAACGAACGUGCCUUCUUUGGACUGUUGUGAUUCAUCAGUUGGAGCUCAGAUAAUUUCAAAAUCAAAAGAACUAGACCCACCGAAGACAUACACCCAGGAUGGAGUGUGCUUGACAGAAUCCGGCAUGUCUCAGUUACAGAGCCUCACUGUUACAGUGCCCAGAAGAAAACGGACGAAACCAAAGCUUAAACUGAAGAUUAUAAAUCAGAACAGUGUGGCUGUGCUUCAGACACCCCCAGAUGCCCAGUCAGAGCACUCAAGAGAUGGGGAGAUGGAUGACAGUAGAGAAGGUGACCUUAUGGAUUGUGAUGGAAAAUCAGAUUCCAGCCCAGAACGGGAGGCUGUGGACGAUGAUACCAAAGUGGCUGAAGGAGCUGAUGGGAUUAAAAAAAGGAAACGAAAACCAUACAGACCUGGUAUUGGUGGAUUUAUGGUACGUCAGAGAAGUCGUACAGGGCAGGGGAAGACAAAAAGAUCUCUCUCCAGAAAAGAUUCUUCUGGAUCUGUUACUGAACAGUUGCCUGGCAGAGAUGAAGGUUGGACAGAGCAGCUGCCAGACACUCCAGUUGAGGAGUCUACUCCAGCUUCUGAGAGCACUGAGAAGAUAAAAAAGCGUUACAGGAAAAAGAAAAAUAAACUGGAAGAAACCUUUCCUGCCUACUUGCAGGAAGCUUUCUUUGGGAAAGACCUACUGGAUACCAGUAGACAGAGCAAGAUGAGCCUGGAUAAUUUACCUGAAGAGUCACUUCCACUUUCAUGUAAAGCAAACUUGGCCACCAAUUUCCUGGAUCCUUCAUCUGACCCUCUUCUUAGCUCCACCUCCACUCCAGCUCAGACAAAACUGGGACCUCAAGGCAGCACCGACGAUCCUUUAGCUGAUCUCUCUGAGGUCUUGAAUACUGAUGAUGAUAUUCUUGGAAUACUUUCUGAUGAUUUGGUAAAGUCUGGAGAUCAUUCAGGUCUUGAUUUAAGCACUUUCCAGGUUGAGAACUCACCCUCCCCAUUUGCUGGACUGGACAUUGGUCCCAUCUCUGAUGAUCCUUCCUCCCUGCCUCAGCCGAAUGUCAGCCAGAGCUCACGGCCGCUGAGUGAGGAGCAGUUAGAUGGAAUCCUCAGCCCAGAGCUGGACAAAAUGGUCACAGAUGGUGCUAUUCUUGGCAAACUGUACAAAAUCCCAGAGCUGGGAGGGAAGGAUGUUGAAGAUUUGUUCACAGCUGUGUUGAGUCCAGCAGCCACACAGCCAGCUCCUCUGCCACAGCCUCCUCCCCCGCCACAGCUCAUGUCUCUGCACAGCCAAGGAGAGAAUGCAUUUCCAAGAGUGCCCCUCAUGAAUGGUCUGAUUGGCCCCAGCCCUCAUCUCCCUCACACGGCUCUGGCUGCUGGAGGUGGGCUGGGCACCUUCUCUCCCAUUACACAGCAGCCAUACCCUGAUGCCAGGGAUAAGAAUCCAGCAUUCAAUCCAAUGGUGAGUGAUCCCAACAGUUCAUGGGCACCAGCGGCUCCACCCCUGGAAGGUGAAGGUGAUACCAUGUCCAAUGCUCAAAGGAGCACCCUGAAGUGGGAGAAAGAAGAAGCUUUGGGUGAAAUGGCAACUGUAGCACCUGUUCUCUAUACAAAUAUCAACUUCCCUAACCUGAAGGAAGAAUUCCCAGACUGGGCUACAAGAGUGAAGCAAAUUGCUAAACUGUGGAGGAAAGCGAGCUCUCAAGAGAGGGCUCCCUAUGUGCAAAAAGCCAGAGAUAAUAGAGCUGCUUUGCGCAUCAAUAAAGUACAGAUGUCAAAUGACUCCAUGAAAAGGCAGCAGCAACAGGAUAGCAUCGAUCCCAGCUCACGCAUCGACUCCGAGCUCUUUAAAGAUCCAUUAAAACAGAGGGAAUCGGAGCAUGAGCAGGAAUGGAAAUUCAGACAGCAAAUGCGGCAAAAAAGUAAGCAGCAGGCCAAAAUAGAAGCCACACAGAAACUUGAACAGGUGAAAAACGAGCAGCAGCAGCAGCAGCAACAGCAACAGCAGCAGCAGUUUGGUUCCCAGCAGCUCCUGAACCAGUCUGGCUCAGACACACCCAGCAGUGGGAUCCAGAGCCCCUUAACGCCACAGGCUGGCAAUGGGAGUAUGUCUCCUGCACAGCAGACAUUCCAUAAGGAUCUGUUCACAAAGCAGCAGCUCCCUGCUACGCCCACGUCGGCGUCCUCAGACGAUGUGUUCCUAAAGCCACAAGCGCCCCCUCCCACUCCCACCCGAAUCCCAGUACACGAUUCACUGUCUCAGCCUCAGACUCCUCAGACACCAUCACAACAGAUGUUUUCUCCGGGUUCCACAAACACGAGGCCUCCUUCCCCGAUGGAUCCAUAUGCUAAAAUGGUGGGAACGCCCAGACCAGCGCCCAUCAACCAGAACUUUGUCAGAAGGAGCACCGUUGCCCCUCUGGAUUCGUGCGCAGCGCAGUCCUCCCUGUCGCGGGAGCCGUCGGGAAGCAGGCCCUCGCCAGCCAGGGACUCGUGUUCUUCAUCCCCGGGCAGCAGCGAUCCCUAUGCAAAGCCGCCGGACACGCCCAGGCCCGUCAUGCCCUCAGAGCAGUUCUCCAAACCUCUGGGAGUCCCACGCUCACCCAUCGUUAUGGAGCAGUCAGGGAAGGUUCCUCUAGCUGCUGGAAGCAGCGAUCCAUUCACCAAGCCGGCUCCUAGGACUGACACGUUUCAGAGACAGAGGGUGACCUCUGCCGAUGCCUAUGCACGGCCUCCGUUGACUCCAACUCCUGCUCCUGUGGAUGGCAGCCCCGGACCUUUCAAGACUCCUCUGCGCCCUCCUCAGUCCCCACAGGACCCGUACUCGUCCAUGCCGGGCACGCCGCGGCGCGUGGCCGUCGAUCCCUACGAAAGGCCCCCUCUGACACCGCGGCCGGUGGACAGCUUCUCCCAUAACCAGGCCAGUGAUCCCUACAGCCAGCCCCCCCUCACGCCCCACCCUGCCAUCAAGGAGCCUUUUGCGCACGGGCCGCGGGUGGUGCGGCAGCAGGGGGACUCGUUCCCUCAGGCGGGGCCCAUUGCAAGGCCAGCCUCUCAGGACCCUUACUCCCAGCCUCCGGGGACUCCCCGGCCCGUUGCCGAUCCCUACGCCCAGCCCCCGGGAACGCCUCGGCCCGCCACGGUGGAUCCGUACAUGCAGCAGCCACCCACGCCCAGACCUGCUCAAGCAGCAGAUCUGUUUGCUCAGCCCCCAGCAAACCAGAGACAUUCUGAUCCCUAUGCCCAACCUCCUGGAACACCACGGCCAGUCCUCAGUGACCCUUACUCUCAGCAGCCAGCAACCCCAAGGCCGGGGAUUCCUGAGAGUUUUAACAGACCUGCCAUGACAAGGCCAGGACUAAUACCAAAUAGAGAUUCUUUCCUGCAGACACCGCAGAGCAGGUUGCAGGGCGCUUUUGUCAGGCCAUCAGACCCAUGUUCUCAAACUCCCAGGUCUGCAGGACCUGCAAUAACAGAUUCAUUUAGCCACGGUGCUGCUACUCCAGCACGUGACCCCUAUGAUCAACCACCAAUGACUCCAAGACCUCAGGCAGAAUCUUUUGGAACCGGUCAGCUGGCCCAUGAUGCUGCUGAACAGCCACGGCCUGGGCCUGAGGGCACCUUCAGUGCGUCUGGAAAUUCUCCAAUGACUUCUCAAGGACAACAGUUUCCCAAAGUUUCACAAGUUCCUGGCCCAGCACUCACCACGGGAGUAACAGAUACACAGAACACCAUGAAUAUGUCUCAAGCAGAUACUGAGAAGUUAAGACAGCGCCAGAAGCUCCGUGAGAUUAUUCUCCAGCAGCAGCAGCAGAAGAAGAACGCAGUUCGCCAGGAAAAGGCCUUGCAGGAUGCAGCAGCUCCUCCCCAUGCAGCCCCCCUUCAGCACUGGCAGCAAGACAACCUAAAUCAGAUCUUUACCCGCCCUCCUCCUCCCUACCCUGGGAAUGUGAGGGCCCCUGUGGUCCCUCCCGGGGGACCGAGGUUCCCCAUGUACCCAAAGGAGCAGCGCGGGCCCUUCCCUGGGGAUGGGCAGUUCAGCAGGCCCCAGUUUCCAGGAGAUAUCAACACCAUGGGCAUGAGACCUCAUGGUCUGAGGUACGGGUUUCCAGGAGGCGGCCACGGCCCGCCCUCGGGCCAGGAGCGUUUCCUGGGCCCUCAGCCGGGGAUGCCUCGCCCUGGAGUUCCCCCGCAGCUGCGGAGGUCCCUGAACAUGGACCUGCCCCGGCCCGUGAGCGCCCCGCAGCUCAGCAGCGCCUCCGGGCUCCCGCAGCAUUUCCCGCCGCCGGGAAUGCCGGUGCAGCAGCACAACAUCCUGGGCCAGGCGUUCAUCGAGCUGCGGCACAGAGCUCCCGACGGGCGGCCCAGGCUGCCCUUCGGCCCUGCUGCUGCUGCUGCUGCUGCGUCUGUGCUGGAUGUGCAGCACCAGCGGCACCCCGGCUUCCUGCCCCGGCAGGAGUUCGCGGGCCCGCGGCAGGCGGAGCCGCUGAGACACGGCUCUCAAGGAAUGCCCAGCCAGCUGCAGAUGCCCGCGGGGUUGGAGCACAUGUCCCAGGCCCAGCAGGAUCAGAUCAACCCUGAGAACCCCCCUGCGCUCGUAAUGCGAUCUCUGGGGCAGCCGGUCGCCGAUGCGUUCCCGGGACCGGCCUUGUCUGCGUCUGCACCAAGUGAUGAAUCUGCAAACUUGCAGAUUCCCAGCCAGCCCAGUGAUGGUCUAGAGGAAAAGCUUGAUCCUGAUGAUCCUGCUGUAAAAGACCUGGAUGUGAAAGACCUUGAGGGGGUUGAAGUCAAGGAUUUAGAUGAUGAGGAUUUGGAAAACCUGAACCUGGACACAGAGGAUGGGAAAGGAGAUGAACUGGACACUCUAGAUAAUUUGGAAACCAAUGAUCCUCACCUUGACGAUCUUCUGAGAUCUGGGGAAUUUGAUUUAAUUGCGUACACAGACCCAGACCUUGAUGUGGGGGAUAAGAAAGGAAUGUUUAAUGAAGAACUAGACCUCAGUGUUCCCAUUGAUGACAAACUAGAUAUCCAAGGCAAAGCAGAAGAACCCAAACAGAAAGAACAAGGUGAUAUAACUGUUGCCCCUGCUGAGACCCAGUCUCCACCAAAGAAAUCAGCUACAGAAAAUGAAAUUAAAACAGAAGUACUUUCCCCAAAUGCUCAAGAGGAAAAGAAGAAUGAAAAUGAAAAAGGUGAUGGAAAUACUGAGUCCACAAGUACUCCACAGACUGCUGAAGUGGAGUUGAAGGAUGGAGAAAAGGCUCCUGCACAACCUGCUAACCCAGAAUUCCCUGACAAAACUCCUGCUGUUCCUAGUCAAGAUACAACUGUGCCUACUCCAGAUGCUCAGGGAUCUGCUCCACUGCCUGUUCAAGGAGCAGUAAGUUCCUGCAGUAUUUCUGGGUCCACCCCAGUCCUCUCAAGUUUGCUGUCCAGUGAAAGCUCAGACAAUGCUGAAGCAAGAACUCUGGGAUCUCCAUCUCAAUCUCUGCCACCCACACAAAUGAACCACGGAUCAGGUAUUCCACAAACACUCAUGACACCUGCUGGACAGAUCUUGGAAAACACUUUAAAUUCCAAUAUGCCCAUGGUUCCACGAAUGAACCAUAAUUUUUCUCAAGGGUCACCAAAUCCAGGAUUUAUUCAGGGUCAGUCAUCUAAUCAUAACUUUGGGCCAGGACAGGCAUCUAACCAGACUGUGGCUGUACCAAACCGUCCCGGUCCCAGUGGCAUCUCUGGUCCCCAACAGAUGAUGCUCCCUCAGCCAUUAGCUCAGCAGCAGAACCGAGAGAGGCCUCUUCUGCUGGAGGAGCAGCCACUUCUCCUGCAGGACCUCCUGGAUCAGGAGAGGCAGGAGCAGCAGCAGCAGAGACAGAUGCAAGCCAUGAUUCGCCAGCGUUCGGAGCCGUUCUUCCCCAAUAUUGAUUUUGAUGCGAUCACGGAUCCCAUCAUGAAAGCAAAAAUGGUGGCUCUUAAGGGGAUCAACAAAGUCAUGGCACAGAGCAACAUGGGGAUGCCACCAAUGGUUAUGAACAGGUUUCCCUUUAUGGGUCAGCCAGUGCCAGGGGCUCAGACCAGUGAAGGCCAAAAUCAUAUGCAGCAGGCAAUUACACAGGAUGGAAGUUUGACACCUCAGAUUUCCAGACCUAAUCCUCCCAAUUUUGGUCCUGGUUUUGUCAACGAUUCACAAAGAAAGAAAUACGAGGAAUGGCUGCAGGAAACACAACAACUCCUUCAAAUGCAGCAGAAGUACCUGGAGGAUCAGAUUGGAGCCCACAGAAAAUCCAAGAAGGCCCUCUCAGCCAAACAGCGCACAGCCAAGAAAGCCGGGAGAGAGUUCCCAGAGGAAGAUGCAGAGCAGCUGAAACAUGUUACUGAGCAGCAAAGUAUGGUCCAAAAACAGCUAGAUCAGAUCCGGAAGCAGCAGAAGGAGCACGCAGAGCUGAUUGAGGAAUACCGCAUCAAGCAGCAGCAGCAGCAGCAGUGCGGGAUGGCCCCACAUGCCAUAAUGCCAGGGGUGCAGGCCCAGCCUCCCAUGGUUCCAGGAGGAACAGCACCAGCAAUGAACCAGCAGAGCUUCCCCAUGGUGGCACAGCAGCUCCAGCAUCAGCAGCACGCAGUGGUGAUCCCUGGGCAGUCCAACCCCACCAGGAUGCCAAAUCUAUCCGGAUGGCAGCCUGCAAGCGCCCCUGCGGGUCACAUGGCCAUGAAUCCAGCAAGGAUGCAGCCUCCAAUGACACCAAUGCCGAUCACUCCUGGUGCACCAGCUCCUGUGCCUGGCCCAAACGCAGCUGCACAGUCAGGGCCGCCCCCAAGGGUGGAGUUUGAGGACAACAACCCUUUCAGUGAGAGCUUCCAGGAGCGGGAGCGCAAGGAGCGCCUGCGGGAGCAGCAGGAGCGGCAGCGCAUCCAGCUGAUGCAGGAGGUGGAUCGACAGAGAGCUCUGCAGCAGAGGAUGGAGCUGGAGCAGCACAGUAUGAUGGGGCCUGAACUGAAUAACAAAGCAUCCUUAUCUCAGAUACCUUUCUUCAAUUCUGAGCUGCCUUGUGAUUUCAUGCAAACCCCUCGGCCCCUGCAGCCCUCCCCGCAGCAGCAGCAGCAGCAGAUGGGGCAGAUCCUGCAGCAAGGUGCUGUGACCUCCCCUCCUGCCACCAGCUUUAUGCAAAGCACAGAGAGAAGGCCAGGGGGACCUGCAGCUUUUGGACCUGAUGCAUCUGCUGUUCCAGGUGGAGCCCCCAAUUUCCAUAAUGUCAAACAAACUCACGGGAACCUCCCCGGGGCCGCCUUUACGCAGAACCAGGUCAGGCCUCCGUUCCCUUCUGCUGUACCUUCAUCUCCAGUGCUGGGGGGCAGUGCCCCGUGUGGGUCGGACACCGGCGUGCCCCAGGCUGCAAACAUCCCUGCAGCAGGCCAGUCUCUCAUCCAGCUGUAUUCUGACAUAAUCCCAGAAGAGAAAGGCAAAAAGAAAAGGGCACGGAAAAAGAAAAAGGACGACGACGCCGAGUCCAUAAAAGCCCCGUCAACUCCGCACUCAGAUAUCACCGCACCAUCAACCCCCACCGUUUCUGAUGCUACCUCCACCCCCACAGUGAACACCCCCAACGAGCCCCGGCAGCAGGAGGAGCAGGAGGCCCUGGAGCUCACAGGCCCCUCAGCAGGCAGCGCUGGGGAGAGCCAGAGCUCCCCGGAGCUGGAGGGGAACAUCCCCAGCAGCAGCGGCAGCACGUGCCAGAGACAGCCUGGGGGGAACGCAGAGGCUGAGAAGGCUCAAAUGGACACUCCCACCAGCCUGCAAGAGGUUAAACUGGAAAAGGCAGAAAGUGAUCAAUGCUCAGGUCAAGCUGAGCCUAAAGCAGAGAAUCCAAGCAGUAUUAAGGUGGAGGAGGACAAGGUCACCUCACAGCCAACCUCUUCAGCUCCGAGUCCAGCACAGCCGCCCGGGGCUCCGGCAGCCAAAGGGGAGUCAGGGAAUGAACUGCUGAAACACCUGCUAAAAAACAAGAAAUCCUCAUCUCUUCUAAAUCAGAAACUGGAGAGCAGUGGCCGAGCAGAGGAAGAGGCUUCUGGGGAUAAAAAGUUAGCAGAGAAGCAGAGUCCAGCUGAAGGAAUGCAGCCAACUGCAGGAGCCCAGAUGCAAGGUGCAUUUGGGUGCAGUAACAGCCAGCUCCAGAGAGCAGAUGGGGGACCUGAAACCAAGAAGCAGAGAAACAAGCGGGCUCAGAGGACGGGAGAGAAGGCAGCUCCUCGCUCCAAGAAAAGGAAAAAAGAGGAAGAAGAAAAGCAGGCUGUUUAUCCUAAUGCAGAUACCUUCAUCCAGCUGAAACAGCAACUUUCUCUUCUGCCUUUGGUGGAACCAAUAAUUGGAGUGAGCUUUGCACACUUUCUCCCCUAUGGCAGUGGCCAGCUAAAUGGUGGAAAUCGACUUGUGGGAAGUUUUGGUAGUGCUACUCUUGAUGGGGCUUCAGAUUAUUACUCCCAGCUCAUUUACAAGCAGAACAACCUGAGCAAUCCCCCGACGCCGCCGGCCUCUCUGCCCCCGACGCCGCCGCCCGUGGCCUGCCAGAAGUUGGUCAACGGCUUCGCCACCACGGAGGAGCUGGCGGGCAAGGCUGCAGUGCUGGGGGGCCACGAUGUUACCAAAGCUCUGGGGCCAAAGCAGUUCCAGUUGCCUUUCAGACCACAGGAUGAUUUAUUAGCCAGAGCAAUGGCUCAGGGCCCCAAAACUGUGGAUGUUCCUGCUUCACUUCCAACACCACCUCACAACAACCAGGAGGAGUUAAGGGUUCAAGAUCACUGUGAGGACAGGGACACUCCUGAUAGCUUUGUUCCUUCCUCCUCUCCUGAAAGCGUGGUGGGGAUGGAGAUCAGUCGCUACCCAGACCUGUCGGUUGUAAAGGAGGAGAACCCAGAACCUGUCCCAUCUCCCAUCAUUCCCAUCCUGCCCAGCAGCACUGGGAAAGGUUCAGAAGCCAAAAGGAAUUACAUAAAAUCAGAACCUGGUUCAGGAGCAUUACCUGGUUCUGGUUUCUUCUCCUCCCAGCUUGGACCAUCCCAGAAUGGUCCUAAAUCUGGCCUUAUCUCUGUAGCAAUUACUUUACAUCCCACAGCUGCUGAGAACAUCAGUAGCGUCGUAGCAGCAUUCUCCAACCUGCUCCAUGUCAGAAUUCCCAACAGUUACGAGGUCAGUAAUGCUCCAGACGUCCCCUCCUCCAUGGCAGCCACCAGCACUCACAGAGGGAACCCAUCCAUGGAGUACAGGCAGCACUUGCUCCUGCAGGGUCCCCAGGCAGGGUCCAUGGGACCUGCCAGGAUCGUGGGGCCCUACGGGCUGAAGCAGCCCAGUGUGCCAUUCCCUGCCAACAGCAAUGGUCUGGCUGGCUACAAGGAUCACAGCCAGAACAUGGCAGAGGGCUCAGCCCUGAGGCCUCGCUGGUGCUCCCACUGCAAGGUCGUGGUUCUGGGCAGUGGCGUGAGGAAAUCCUUCAAGGACCUGCCCUUCCUCAAACAGGAUUCCCAAGAAGGCUCAGAUAAAAUGAAGGACAUUGUAUUCUGUAGCAACAACUGCUUUGUUCUUUAUUCAGCAGCUGUGCAAGCAAAAAACUCAGAGAACAAAGAAUCGGUCCCAACCGUGCCACAGUCGCCGAUGAAGGAGAGGCCGCCCAAAGCAUUCCAUCAGUACAGCAACAACAUCUCCACCUUGGACGUCCACUGUCUGCCUCAGCUGCAGGAAAAGCUUUCUCCACCCUCAUCUCCCCCCAUCAUGUUCCCCCCUGCGUUUGAGGCAGCCAAGGUGGAGGCGAAGCCGGAUGAGCUGAAGGUAACGGUGAAACUCAAACCCAGGUUAAAAGCAAUACACAGCAGUCUGGAGGACUGCCGGCCUCCCAGCAAGAAGUGGAAAGGGAUGAAAUGGAAAAAGUGGAGCAUUCAGAUUGUGAUUCCUAAAGGAUCAUUCAAACCUCCUUGUGAAGAAGAAAUAGAUGAAUUUCUUAAAAAACUGGGCACAACCCUUAAGCCAGACCCUGUGCCUAAAGACUAUAGGAAAUGUUGCUUCUGUCACGAGGAAGGUGACGGAUUAACUGAUGGACCAGCAAGGCUUCUCAACCUGGAUUUAGACCUUUGGGUCCAUUUGAACUGUGCUCUUUGGUCUACAGAAGUCUACGAGACACAAGCUGGUGCCUUAAUAAACGUGGAACUCGCGCUGCGGAGAGGCCUGCAGAUGAAAUGCAUGUUCUGUCACAAAAUGGGUGCCACCAGCGGUUGCCACAGGUUAAGGUGCACCAAUAUUUAUCACUUUACCUGUGCCAUUAAAGCACAAUGCAUGUUUUUUAAAGACAAGACCAUGCUUUGCCCCAUGCACAAACCAAAGGGAACUCACGAGCAGGAGCUGAGCUACUUCGCGGUGUUCCGGAGGGUGUACGUGCAGCGCGACGAGGUGCGGCAGAUCGCCAGCAUCGUGCAGCGCGGGGAGCGCGACCACACCUUCCGCGUGGGCAGCCUCAUCUUCCACGCCGUGGGGCAGCUGCUGCCACAGCAGAUGCAGGCCUUCCACUCCUCCAAAGCCCUCUUCCCCGUGGGGUACGAGGCCAGCCGCCUGUACUGGAGCAUGAGGUACGCCAACAGGCGCUGCCGCUACCUCUGCUCCAUCGAGGAGAAGGACGGGCUCCCGCUCUUCGUCAUCAAGGUGGUGGAGCAGGGCCACGAGGAUCUGGUUCUGACUGACACAACACCUAAAGGUGUGUGGGAUAAAAUCCUGGAGCCCGUUGCUUCUGUUAGAAAAGAAUCUGAAAUGCUCCAGCUGUUCCCCAGCUAUCUGAAGGGUGAAGACCUCUUUGGUUUGACAGUGUCUGCAGUGGCCAGGAUUGCAGAAUCGCUGCCAGGGGUUGAGGCCUGUGAGAACUACACUUUCCGCUAUGGCCGAAACCCCUUAAUGGAACUUCCUCUUGCCAUCAACCCCACGGGCUGCGCCCGUGCCGAGCCUAAAAUGAGUACCCAUGUCAAGAGGUUUGUGUUAAGGCCUCACACCUUGAAUAGCACCAGCACAUCGAAGUCCUUUCAGAGCACAGUCACGGGGGAGCUGAACGCGCCUUACAGCAAACAGUUCGUCCAUUCCAAGUCCUCUCAGUACCGCAAGAUGAAAACCGAGUGGAAAUCCAACGUGUACCUGGCUCGCUCUCGCAUUCAGGGCCUGGGCUUAUAUGCUGCUCGAGACAUUGAAAAGCACACAAUGGUCAUCGAAUAUAUCGGGACGAUCAUCCGGAAUGAGGUGGCAAACAGGAAGGAGAAGCUCUAUGAGUCUCAGAACCGCGGCGUGUACAUGUUCCGCAUCGACAACGACCACGUCAUCGACGCCACCCUGACGGGAGGCCCGGCAAGGUACAUCAACCAUUCGUGUGCACCCAACUGCGUGGCUGAGGUGGUCACUUUUGAGAGAGGACACAAAAUUAUCAUCAGCUCCAGCAGAAGAAUCCAGAAAGGGGAGGAGCUCUGCUAUGACUACAAGUUUGAUUUUGAAGAUGACCAGCACAAGAUUCCCUGUCACUGUGGAGCUGUAAACUGCCGAAAGUGGAUGAACUAGAAUGCAUUCCUUGCUGUCUUUGAGGGUUGCUUGUCCCUUGGAAGAAGUGAUUCACAUUUUGAUUUUGUCGACGGAAAAUUGUUGCCUUUUUCAAGGGGGAAAAAAAAGAUAUCACUUCUGGAAAUACAGAUUUCUACAUAAGUAUUUAAAAAGAAAAAAAAAAGAAAAAAAAAAAAGAAAAA